UAGACCUGAGUAAUCAGAUCCACCCCCUCCAAAUAGGUGAGACCCCAAACUAGCGCCGUUGGGUUCAGCUCUAAGCAGACCCCUCCCCUCCCUGCUCCUUCUUCAUUCUUCUUCAUUAUCACAACCUAAGAACACACAACCAGACCCCUAAUUCCCUUCCCCUUUCUCUGAAGAAGCAGCGUCGCUGCUGACUUCUUCUUCUUCGUUCCCCAGAUAUACAGAGAAACGGCGCACCCUCCCCUCCUCUUCACUCCCUCAGAUAACUUCCCCCUCUCAUUCCUCUCUGAUUUCAUUAACACACCCACGCAAUUAGCCACGACCUAAAAGAAAAGCUUAGAAAUACAACAAAGCCUUCACAUGCAUUGAAAAGAGAAAAUCUAAAGUUAGAGAUAUUUGGAGAUCUGGAAAGCAGAGUUCUAAAAAAAACAGAAAUAAAAAGGGGAUUUCAGAGCUUGAUGGAGUUGUAGAGCUUUGUUCGAAGCUGUGAGUUUAAUUUGAACUCAAAUCGCUGUUCGAUUCUGCUGAAUUUUACUAUUCCGGGAACUGCUGAGCUUCGGUCGAGUUUGCCUCUGCCUUUAGUCGAUUUAUUCAAGUUUUUCUUUGUUCAUCCAGGUAAGGCAGAGAAGGAAUUAGUUCAAGAAAGAUGCAGAAGCUGGGUGAAUUCAAGCUGCCUAACUUCUUCCACUAUCCACCUUACUUCACUUUGCAGCCCGUAAGGGAGACUAGGGAGAAGCAGAUACAGCUAUGGAAGGAGCUCAUAAUUGAUUUCUGUCGAACCCAAAAGGUCUUUGUAAUUGGGCUGGAGGAACACUUUCCAUUGUUCAGUAAUCCUGCUAUUGAAAGAUCUCUGAGUCAUGAAGCUAGGGAGGCAUUUCUCUCAGCUUUGGUUUCUGAUGGUCGUGCAGAAUGGAUGGAUAAAGACCAUAGAAAAUGUCUAAUCUUAUGGCAUCGCAUCCAGGACUGGGCAGACUUGAUUGUAAACUUUGUAAAGGAGUAUGGGCUGGACGACAGUGUUAUGACAGUUGAAGAAAUACGUUCUGGGACGGAGUCCCGGGGAACAGAGCUUCAUGGAGUGGACCGUACAGUUCUUGUGCGAGCUUUGAAGCUGCUUGAACAUAAGGGGAAGCUUGCGAUAUUUAAGGGAACUUCAGCUGAUGAUGAAGGUGUCAAAUUUUCUCUGUAAACCACCUUGAUGGACUCCUUUUGCGUACAAUGAGCGAGAAUUGUACUGAGUAUUUAUGUCGUGAAUUACUUGGUGGGAGCCAAAUGGGAUGAAAUGACUUCUUUUCCAACUUCUGAAACUGAAUUCUCCGUAUUUUUUGAAUUUCCAUCAGUCAUCACGUUACACGGUGUUACACGUAGACGACUGGGAAUUGGGACUCCCACGUCAUUUGAUAACACUCCUUUUUCACUUGUCUUGAGGAAAAAUGAGAUUUUGAAAUUAUUAAAUAUUUGGCAUUGGGUGCAG